ACAAAAAAAUUCAUUAACAUUAAUUUCACUAUAUAUAAGUUGCAACACCUAGCUACUCUAUACCAGUCAAAUUCAAAAGGGUCACUUUAGGGUCUCUCUUCAAUUUGUUUGCAACUAUGGAGGAUUCACUGGAAAAUUUGAUUUCUUAUAUGGAAAUGGAAGAUGAUGUGAUCUUGAAUCAAAGUAGCACCACCACAUUUGAUGAGCAAGAGUUUCUCAAAGAUAUCAUCCUUGAAGAACCAGAAUGUAUUGAACUCUCUUCUUAUCUUUGUUCCAAUAAAACCAAAGACAAUAGUACAACUAUAAUUAAUGUUGAAGGUGAUGCUACUAGCCCCACAAAUAGUAUUUUGUCCUUUGAUGAGACAAGUUUAUUUUGUGGUGAUUAUGAGAAUGUUGAAACAAACCACAAAAGUAAUAACUCCAACUCAAUCAAGUCUUUGGAAAGAUCUUGUGUUAGUUCUCCAGCCACAUACCUUCUAUCUUUUGGUAACUCAAGUAUUGAACCAAUCAUUGAACCAAUGUCACAUAAAACUAAAAGAAGGACAGAUGAAUCAAGGGGGGUGAAGGAAGCAACAAAGAAGGUUAGAAGAUCAUGUGAGACAGUACAAGAUCAUUUGAUGGCUGAGAGGAAAAGGAGAAGGGAAUUAACUGAGAAUAUCAUAGCACUUUCAGCCAUGAUACCUGGCUUGAAAAAGAUGGACAAGUGUUAUGUACUUAGCGAAGCUGUGAAUUACACAAAACAGCUUCAAAAGCGCAUUAAAGAAUUGGAGAAUCAAAACAAAGAUAGCAAACCAAAUCCAGCAAUAUUCAAGUGGAAAUCUCAAGUUUCAUCAAAUAAAAAGAAGUCCUCAGAAUCACUGCUCGAGGUUGAAGCUAGAGUCAAAGAAAAGGAAGUACUCAUCAGAAUUCAUUGUGAGAAGCAAAAAGACAUAGUGCUCAAAAUACAUGAAUUGCUUGAAAAGUUCAAUAUCACUAUAACAAGUAGUAGCAUGUUACCAUUUGGUGAUUCUAUUCUUGUAAUCAACAUUUGUGCUCAGAUGGAUGAAGAAGACAGCAUGACCAUGGAUGACCUUGUGGAAAAUCUGAGAAAAUAUCUAUUGGAAACUCAUGAGAGUUACUUGUGAUCCGUUCUAGUGCAUCAAAAUAAAGGAGUUCUCCAUUUGUAAUUAUAAUAAUGGAAUGAGGAUAUUUUGGAGAAUCGUUUCUAUUUUGUUGGAUUGGUUUGUUUUCUUGUUUGUCACAUUGAAGAGAAAAGGUUGUGAGCAUGUUUGUUUAUUCAAAUGCUACAGUUAAGAAGUCCUCAAUUCAUGUAAAUUAAGUAAUGAUAAUUGUUCUAGAGAUAUCACCUUGCUAGUAAGAACUUGAUUUUGUAAACGUAUGGAAUAUAUUCAAAUCACAUUAGAGACAGUUGUUAAAUGACCAUUAACGACAUGGUUAUUAAUAAUAAUGAUUUCUUUUUCCACAA